CCAACCAGCAAAGCGGAGAGAGGAGGAGGAGGAGGGCGCGCGCGCAUUAAGCCAAACAAGAGACCGUCAUUAUUCAGCGAGCGGAGUUAAGAGAAGCGGGGAGAUGUAAUUCAUUCAUCGCCACACAUUCAAACAGGAAGGACAGAGCGAACAGGGUGAAGUCGAGGAGACAGCACAAAGACAAAGACGAGAGAGAGAGAGAGCUUGAAAGCUACGGCAAGAGAGAGAGAGAGAAAGGCAGCAAGCAAGGGGGGGAUAGAAUGUUUAUCCAGGCAGGAAAGAGAGGGCAUUAAAGCAGGCAAGAGGAGAGAGGGGGGUAGGAGAGGCACAUAGGCUGGGGGAACGACGCAGAGAGAGAGACACAGACAGAGUGGGAGCUUCUGUUCUGGCAGUGAGGAGCGUCCCGAGAUCAUUAUUCGCGUAGAGAGGAAGAGGGGGAGAGAGACACACACGGCAGACUCGGAUGAUGAUAGAGAGAGGGCACAUUCCAUAUAUACGGGGCAGUCGGGGUGAGAGUCGGAGUGAGUGUGGACUGCGGAGGUAGCGGUGGGAGGGUGGGGAGAGAGAGAGACACACACACUGAGUUUAAAUCCGGCGGAUAUACAACAAUUUAGAGAGAUUCACGUGGAGAUAGAUCAUUAAUUUGGCGUGUCGAGACAGUGGCGGUGAAUCCCGACAGUGAAUGAAUAUUAAGGGGGUGGGAGGCAAAAGAGAGGGAGAGUCACAUCGACUGGCAAUGCAGGAAUAGCGAAUAGCACUCAGUUGAGAGAGAGAUCGAGAGAGAGAGAGAUCGAGAGAGAGGGAGAGAGUCACAUCGACUGGCAAUGUAGGAAUAGCGAAUAGCAGCAGCGGCAGCAGCACUCUGUUGAGGAAGAGAGGCAGGGAGAGAGAGAGAGAUCGAGAGAGAGAUCGAGAGAGAGGGAGAGAGUCACAUCGACUGGCAAUGCAGGAAUAGCGAAUAGCAGCAGUUGAGGGAGAGAGGCAGGGAGAGAGAUCGAGAGAGAUCGAUACGCACGCACUGCUGGUCACACAGGGGAGGGUGGAGAGAGUCGGAGAGGGUGAAGAGAGCAGAUGAGAGGGAGGAGAGGGCGGCAGGCUGGCUAUAUAUACGAGGGGUAACGAGGGGUAACGUGGGGUAACGAGGGGUCGUUGAGGCUCGAGGAGGAAGAAGAGGAGGGAGCCGUGGGAGAGGCUCUGGCGCUGUGAGCCGCAGCGACUCCUCCACCAGGAGCCGCAGACUCCGAACGAGCGGGGGGCGAGUCGGGGAUAGCGCACACGGUGCCACAAUGCCCAUCCUGGCCGGGUGAGGAAGGGUUGGGGGGGGGGGGUGAUGGGUGCCAUGAGGCGGGCACGCUGCUGGCGCGCCCUCGUAGCCGGCCUCAUCGUGUCGGCCUGCCUGGGCGCCCUCCUCUACUCUCUGCGGGGCGCGCGACCUCCCUGGAUGCUCCCGGCACAACUGCGGUGGCUGACGACCCCAGCACACGAGCAGGAGAGUCCCCACACCUCCGACGAUCUUGGCCAUGGGGCCGUAGGAUGCGGGGACUGGACAGGCAGGACGCCGCACUGUAUCCAGGAGCCCCCAGCUGCCGACGGCUUUGAUGAGCAGGCGUACCUGGACGGGGCGCGCUGGCGGGAGGGUGACGACCCCUACCGCAGGUUCGCCUUCAACCAGCGAGCCAGCGACGGCCUGUCCAGCAGCCGCGCGCUGCGAGACGCACGCCACUAUCGAUGCUCAUCCGUCCACUAUGACCAGGACCUCCCCGCCACCAGCAUCAUCAUCACGUUCCACAACGAAGCGCGCUCAGCUCUGCUCAGGACCCUGCGCAGCGUUCUGGGACGCACGCCGCACGAUCUCAUCCAGGAGAUCAUCCUCGUGGACGACUUCAGUGACGAUCCCGCGGAUUGUGAGCUGCUGAGUUCGCUGCCCAAGGUGGUGUGUCUACGGAACUCACAGAGGGAGGGGUUGAUCCGGUCUCGUGUGCGAGGUGCGGACGCUGCCCACGCGCCCGUGCUCACGUUUCUCGACAGCCACUGCGAGGCCAACACGGCCUGGCUGCAGCCUCUCCUGCAGCGCCUCCACAGACAACCCACCAGGGUGGUGAGCCCCAUCAUCGACGUCAUCAGCAUGGACACCUUCAACUACGUCCCAGCCUCGUCUGACCUGCGCGGCGGGUUCGACUGGAGCCUGCACUUUAAAUGGGAGCACCUUUCUCCAGAGCAGUCUGCCAAGAGGGAGGACCCAACACAGCCUAUACGGACGCCUGUGAUUGCCGGGGGGUUGUUCGCCAUCCACCGCUCCUGGUUCGAGGAGCUGGGAAAAUACGACACAGCCAUGGACAUCUGGGGUGGAGAGAACCUGGAGAUCUCCUUCCGCGUGUGGCAGUGCGGCGGGUCGCUGGAGAUCAUCCCGUGCAGCCGCGUGGGCCACGUCUUCCGCAAGCGCCACCCCUACACGUUCCCCGAGGGCAACGCCAACACCUACAUCAAGAACACGCGGCGCACGGCCGAGGUGUGGAUGGAUGAGUUCAAGAAGUUCUACUACGAGGCUCGCCCCGCCGCAAAGUACAAGCCGUACGGCGACAUCCAGAGCCGCGUGGAUCUGCGCACGCGUCUGCAGUGCAAGCCCUUCCGCUGGUACCUGGACAAUGUUUAUCCAGAGCUCAAGACUCCCGUGGAGGUGCAGACGGUGACCGGGGUGCUACGUCAGGGUGACCGUUGCCUGGAAACCGUCGCCACGACGAUGGCAGAGAGACAGCCUGCCGUGGCAAUGGGCCACUGCAUCGGGCAGAAGGGCGUCUCGGCUGUCACACAGGAGUGGAGCCUGACCCCGUCGCACCUGGUGCGCCAGCAGCAGCGCUGCUUGGCGCUCGUGUCCCCAGCCCCGGGUGGCCCCGUCUCGCUCACCCUCCUGCCCUGCAACCGUGGCGAUGCCAAGCAGCGCUGGCAUCGCCGGGGACGGCUGAUGCGUCACAUGGCCUCCCGCCUCUGCCUGGACGCCACGGGGAUGGAUGUCUCCGUGGCCACGUGCCAGCACGACUCCUCCGCUCAGCAGUGGGAGCUGCAGCCCAGCGAGCGAUAAGAGGCGGCCUGGCCUACACGAUGGCCACUGCUCCGGCAGGAUUCCUUCAACACCUCUGGCUCUUCACUCCGACUUACCCCCCCUGAACUCUGACCGCUCGAUACCUCAAUCCUUGACCUGUUAAUCUCACCGCGCACCUCUCGUGUCAUUACCCGAAUCCUCACCUCCUGACACCUCACUCGCAGACCUCCCACCUCUUGACUCCAUACCCCUACAGCUCUCCGUCCUUGGUGUGCGAUCUCGAGAUGCCUCACUCCUUGACCCGUCACCGCUUCACACUUCAUUCCCUGACCUGUCACUUACUUACUCCUCAACUCGCUGACCUCGCACCCCUCUAACCUCUUGAACCUUUAUUCUAGUUAAUUUUCCUACGACCUCUGACCUUUAUUCUGGAAUCCUCCUAAAUCCAACCCCCCCCCCCCCCCCUCCGAGUUUCUCUCCCACGAUUGUUCCUCUCCCACCGUCCGCCUGCGCCUUUCACCGAUUUCCAGCGACAAUCCCUAACCACCCCCCCCCCCCCCACUUUUACCCUUACCCCUCACCUCCGAUUCCUCGCAUUGCAUCACACUCCCCCCUCCCCGAGACCCAGAACAUUUUAUAAAUCACUUCUUAGUAUUAUUGUUUAUUUGUUUGUGAUAGCGGUCGAACCGUUUUGUCCGUCGGUGGCUCCCGUCAGGAGACGCGGCCAAGCGCCCGGCGCGUGGUGGCGUCCGGCGUAUUUCAGUCGUUUGAGCUUUGGCCGAUUUUUAGCGAGACGCCGCUUUUUCCGUUUCCGCGUUUUUACUCGGCCUCCAAACUCGGACGAGACUGACCGAGCGAGAGCACGGGACGACACUCGUCUCCAUGGGGGGGCCCAAAGCGAAUGGCGACGGUGUCCACGUUCCCGUCGCGGGAGCCAGUUUAUUGUCACGACCACCACUGUGUUGAUGGCCCACAAUCAGCAGGUACUCACAUCGUGAGUUGGCGUAGCAUUACGGGAUUGCCGGUACUAUCUUCUGUAACACGAUUGCGAAAGCGGGUUAUUCUCGAACAUCGUGUAUAAUGACAUUGGGUGGUGAGCGUCUCUGUGAAGAGGGUAUUGGGACAGAGCGUUUGGUCCGCAUUCCUCGGCUGCUAAAACCUGUACUGGAAACAUCUCGGGCACAGAAUAAAUCUGCACCAGCAUGGCUGGUGAAAUGCGAGUGGAUUCUGGUGCUUGUAGUAAAAUGCACCUUAGGAGGGUACCCUGUAAGAGCUGGCAACUUCCAGGGGUUGUUCCUGGACGAGAUGACAGCUGAGCUAAAGUGGUAACCCUGCUCAUACAAGCACCGGGCCGAUGUUCGUCUCAACCGGCGGAUCUAAAGCUGCGGUGGAUGAUCCACAUUCAUAUGGCAGACGGUCAGAACAUUCGUAAAACAAACCUACUGGUUCUCCCACAGUGGCGCUUCCCUUGGAGGCGCUGCAGAGAUCGUGGCUGGGACGACUUCCAACCAGGAUUUGAACGCGUGAGCUUCCCACCGCGAAGUUGGGCACGCCAGCGCCUGUUCGGCCGGACUACGCCGUCUGUCUGUGAAUGUGAAAUGUACGAGGUACCCCUUUGCGUCCGGAGUACAAAUUCACUCUGGUGCGCAUCUCUUCUCCAGCCAGUCCUGGUGAAAUAACAAGUCGGCUUUGCUCCGUGCCCAGACACCAAGAGUACAACGGGGCUGAAAUCGUUGGUUUCAACUUAAUAAUCUUUAUACCGUCAGUACAUUAUGGUACGACCGUCGGUGGGAAAUGCUGCUUUUGCUCGCGAACUAUCACCGUUUCCAAUGGAAGUAUAGACGAGACGCGAUUCCUUCCGUUGCGAGGUGGUUUCACGCCAACGCGAACGUGGUGGCGCGUUGCGUCCGUUUUCACUUUUGUUUUCCGUUUUCACUUUUGUUUUCCGUUUGUCGAGUUGCGCGUGACAAAGAAAAAAACUGGAAGAAUUACGUCUCGCGGCAAAAUUUGCUCGCGAUUUUCGGACGUUGUGUUGUACAUAGAUGGUGGCGUGCGUCGAAGUUCGCGUGCGGGUUUUCAAAGACGAGAAGAACGGAAAUGUUACUCGCAGGGCUCAUUUUACGACACUCCAAUUUUACCGACGCCAGUGAUGGGAAACACCCCCCCCCCCCUCCUCCAGUUUUAUACCAACAGCACAAUUUUAUACGGACACCAGUUUCGUGGAAUUGCAAUAGAAUUGCGAUGUGAUGACGAUGUUGAUGACGUCGUCGCCGUCACUUUAAUAAUAGCGGGCGCAAGAAAAAUGAGGGACAUUCCCUGGAAUAGGUGGUGGCUUCGUGGCACCGAGGAAUCGCAAUAAGUUUUGGCAAAGCGCUGAGCCAGCCUGGUGCAGUUAGUUCUCCUCGGGUUCAAAUGUGUCUAAUUCCGCCCUCGCGAUUAAAUUGAGCUCUUAAGUGUAACGAGUUUAACACGCAGGCUUUUCGCGAUCGAUAUUAUCCACAAGAGGUUUUUAGGGUUCGAACGCGUAAAUAUAAAUGCGUCGUUAAACCCGCCACCACCAGACUCUAUUGUGGAAGUAAUUGGCUGUGUCGGGUGGUGGCGGGUUGAACGACACAUUUACUUACGCGUUCGAACCCAAAAACCUCGAUUAGGGGAGUGUAACGAGUUGGCAGUCUCGCCAAUGCCUGCACAGAAACGCCAUCGGGCAGAAUACGUUUGAUUCGUCGAUUGGCUCAGCACACUUCUGACGGCUAUUUAUUUGCGAGAUGACGCUUGACAGGCUCUGAACCGCUCUGUGCAGAGCAUUAGCGGUUGAGAGGCUUCUAAGCGUAGUUUCCAUGGUGUCGCUAUUAUCCCCGUGUGCGCAAUUUGGCCACAAUUGUCGUUCACCAAUCGCCAAACUUCGGCCAUCACCUUGGACAUCAUUGUUUACAUAGCAGAGCCAAGUCACCGUUGACUUCCACGGCUCAUUGAGGGCGGAGUGCCUCUCUCUCAUGCACGUGCUCGUGCUGGAGACGGGACAGACGGACGCAAUCCGACUGCUCAGCUCAGUCCGUGAGCAUGCCGACGCUGGUACGACGACUACGGACAGUCCCAGUUUGCCGUCAGCAUUCCCCCCAGCCUACUGAGUGAUCCGAGUACAGGCGCUCCCCAAACCAUUCUACGCGGCCGUUUGGGAACAAAAAAACUGUCGAGAUGAAUUUGGUGCAAAAUGACUUCAAACGGCAUUUUAGAAAAUACAUUUUAAUUUUAAAUGGAAUUAUGGAUGAAUCCGGAGCCCAGUGUUUCGUGAACAGAGAGGGCAGAGCCUCUCCUGAAGCCGGGGUCAAUUGGUCCAAUUCACGUGCAAAUGGAUGUUCGCCUUUCCUUCCAAUCUUUCGCAGAGUUAAGUCUCCAGUUGGAAAGGUGGAGCAAAAAUCACCCGAGGUUUUGUUGUUUUUCCCUUUCGUGAAGAUGUGAUUUUUGCUCCCAUAUUUACUGAACCCACAGGACCAUCUCGACCGCAGUAGAAUGGAGGGUUGUCCACCCCGACUGACAAACCCACAGUGGAGAGGAGUCAGUCUCUCCUUCACCGACAACAUAAGCUGCCCUCGUGUGUCUGCUGCUACGUGAACCGUUUGGAACGCCUCGUUAGCAAUCCCAAAGGCUUUUUGUUACGCAGGUUGUAAAGAUUGAAAUAGAAUCCAAAGUAAUCCAGUGGCACACACAGACUUGUGUGCGCGCGUACAGACACCAACUACGAGGCAUUCGCCACGUGGUCGGAUGUACAAGGGCUGUGAUGAUCGUGGGUAGUGUUGCUGCCGCGGUGUGACGAAGAUUAAACGACCGUCUUGAUUGUGGUGUACGUGA